AUGGAUAUACCAGCUGACAAUAAAGACAGGUUUUAUAAAGUUCGGCCUAUAUAUACUGCCCUGCGUAACAGAUGUCUAGAGUUACCUGCGGAGGAAGAGUUAGCAGUUGAUGAGGCAAUGAUCCCAUUUACAGGGCGGCUCUCUGUAAAACAGUAUGUGAAGGGCAAGCCAACUCCAUGGGGUAUCAAAAUGUACAUGUUAUGUGGUAAGAGUGGACAAGCUUAUGAUUUUAUUCUUUAUCAGGGAGCAUCAACUGAAUUUCAAGAAUCUUUGUUGAAGGCAUUUGGGCAAGGACCAACAGUAGUUUUACAGUUAGCCCAGAGAAUAAAACAAGAAAUGGGGCAUAAGAUAUAUUUUGAUAAUUUUUUUUCCUCAUACAAGCUUUUCCAAGCACUGAAACAAGAAAACAUCUGUGCUGCUGGAACUGUCAGAGUCAACCGUUUUGCUAAUCCUCCUCUAAUGCCGGACAAGGAGGCACUGAAGAAGGAAAGAGGAUUUUCAGAAGAAAUUUGCAGCACAGAUGACAUAACACUGGUAAAAUGGGUUGACAACAAAACAGUUGUUCUAGGUUCAAAUUUUAUUGGGAAAGGAGAAACUGACAAAGUUGAACGCUGGGACAAGAAACAAAAUAAAUAUGUUACUAUCAAUCGACCAGAGAUUGUAAAACUCUACAACCAUGGCAUGGGUGGAGUUGAUCUUUUUGAUCAAUUGAUGUCAUAUUACAGAAUUUUUAUAAAAUCCAAGAAAUGGACACUCAGAGCAAUUUUCCAUGCUGUUGAUUUUGCUGUGGUACAGAGUUGGCUGGAAUACAGGACAAGUGCCAGAGAAAUUGGUCUACCAACGAAGAAAAUAAUGGAUCUCCUACAUUUCCGUAUGAGACUGGCUGAUGUUCUGGUGUUAAGUGGGAAGGAUAUCCCCAAUAAAAAAAGAGGUCGACCAUCUGCCACACCUCCAGAUACUCCUGUUCAAAGGCUACGAGGAGAAACUAGGCCUCCUGAAGAGAUUCAGUACGACGGAGCACAACACUGGCCUCUUCAUGAAAAUGGUGCACUGCCUACUAGGUGCAAAUUUCCAGAAUGCAAGGGACGUUCGAGAGUAAAAUGUGAAAAAUGUAAUGUACAUCUUUGUUUGUCAAAGGAAAAGAACUGUUUCCGUUCAUUUCAUUUAAAUUAA